AUGGACCAAUGUCCUCCGGAAAUCUGGAUUCGAAUUUUCUCACUCGCAUGCACCGACGAUGGCACCACUGGUCGAUCGCUUUCCCUCGUCUCCGGCGCCUUCAACACGUUGUCGAAGCCCUUCAAGUACCAGUCCAUCGCCUUGACUCGCUCAAAGCGCGUUCUUUCCUUCAACGCCCAACUGGACCGACUCCCAUCGGACGAUAGAAGAGUGAAAUAUCUCUUCGUCCACUGCCCGCACGUUUUCUUGGAUAACGACGACGAUGGAGAUGACGACUAUGAGGGGUCAUCAAGCUCGGGGUCAGGAUCGACUGGAAGCUACGACGAUUCUGCCUAUCAAUCCGACUAUCAGGCAUCAUCGCCAAGGCUCCUCAGCGAGCUCAACGACCUCGCUACGGAGGCCCACGAAGCACGGCAGAACAGGGAGGACGAAGACUUCGACAUGGCAGACAGUACAUCAUCCGUUGCGUUUCGGGAACAACUUUCUCAAGCAGACGACAUCGUCUCAAAAUCCCUUUUCGAUCUCCUCCAGAAGAUUUCGCCCACGCUCGAACUUCUGUCCCUGUACUAUGUCUCCUGUCAAGGGCGGCUGAUCGAGGAGAUGAUCCCUCCUCUUCCUCACCUUCGGGAACUAUGCCUCUUCAGACGGUUCUCGGACGAACUUGCUAUUGAACCAGAGACCGAGGAUAGAGCUUCAAUGCUAUUUCCCGUUCUCGAGAGACUCCACCUAAGUGGAUACUUGGAAGAACGCCCGACCAGGAUAGGUGAAACCGUCGCGGAUUUGGCCCCGUCUCUGCGAGUGCUUCGCAUUCCAAAACAUUCGUACAAUCCAAUCCAUCUCCCUCCGCAACCCAUACGAUUUGGUCCCCUGAUCGAAGUGGUUAUCUUGGAGCCGCCGCCGAUCAACUCUCAGUUCCCAAACGAGUCUUUCCUGCCGACAAACAUCACGCAAGAGAGUCUUUCCAUGACUGCGGAUGAUCCCAUGGGUUUAGCUGACCCUCGCGUCAGGGUGGUUAUGAUGCAUCCCUCUCCCCAUGAAGAUCGAUACCAUCCGGAAGUCUGGAAACGGGAUUGGCUUCGUCGAGUGGAGGGUGGUGAAGGGUGCUGGACUGUUGCAUAAAGGCGAUUGGGAAGAUUUCGAUGUAGGGCUUUGGUUUGGUAUGUGGUUAUGUCUGUCAGUGGAUGUUCUAGCGAGAUGUGAACGUCGUUACCUCACUGUGUGUUAUUAUUUAAAUAAUGAUGGCGGGGGCACU